GUGAACAGCGUGGUAUCACAAACCGAACAGGUGCCUGUACACACGGUCGAUGUCAUCGCUGGAACUUUGGGCUAUUGGCUUCAGGCUUGUGUCAAGGCCAAAGUGAAGAAGGAGAUGGUCAGCAAAGCUUGGGAUCUUAAGACAGCUUACAAACAGCUGCCGUUGAGUGAUUCUGCUUUUGAACUUGACAGCUACAUAGCCGUGUUCUGUCCACGGAGCAAGAAGCCACAGGUGUACAAGCAACGAGUCCUACCUUUUGGAUCGAAGGCCAGCGUGACGGGAUUCAUCCGUUGUGCAUAUGGUUUGUGGAAGAUCGGAUGUGUCCUUCUAGCCUUGAUCUGGAGCUGCUACUUUGACGAUUUCCUUGCAAGCAGUUGGGAAGAUGCAAGCAAGCACUUGGACAUGAUUGUUACAAUGUUUUUCCGACUCUUUGGAUGGAACGUGUCUUUGGACAAGCAGCUGGGCUUUGACAGCAUGUGCAAUGUGCUUGGAGUGACGCUUAGUCUUCGUGAAGCCAAGUUUGGUGUAGCAUACUUUUCGAACACAGAGAAACGUGCUGCCGAGCUGCGGGCUGUCUUGACGGAAUACGUGACAGGUGCCGCUUCGUUGCCCAAAGGUGCCGAGCUUGCAAAGCUUCUCGGCAGGCUUCAGUUCGCUUCAGGGCAGUUGUUCGGGAGGCGAGCACGACAUGCGCUGGGCGCUCUCACUGAGGAGCCCAGGACGAGCCCGGAGCAGAUGCGGCAAUCGAUGCAGGUGCUUCUGAGCUUGUUUGAGCAUGGGCGGCCACGCCGGGUCGCUGCUACGUGGAGUUCAGUGGUCCAUGUGUACGUGGACGCUUCGUUUGACUACGACGGCUACUCUGGGAUCGGUGGCAUGGCGUAUGACUCGUCAGGCAACAUCCUCGGUUGGUUCGGCAGUGAAGUUCCUAAGCACGUUCUUGAUGCCAUCUGCACAUACGGAGGGACGGCUCACGAGACUGUCAUUUUCGAGUUGGAGGCGAUAGCAGUGCUACUUGCAUUGCGUAGUUUCGCUUCUUUCUUAAAGGGUGCCAACAUCGUAGUCUUCACUGAUAAUGAAGGCGUCCACGGUGCUUUCGUGCGGUGCAAGUCGGCCAGCGUCUAUGGCCAUCAGGUGAUUACUUGUGCUUGUGACGUCGAAGAAAGUUUGGAUUGUCUGGUAUGGUACGAGCGAGUGCCAUCGAGUUCAAAUCCUUCGGAUUGCCUUUCUCGAGGCGAGGAGCUCAAGUGCACUUCAAGUCGCGUGCAAGUGAGCAUCGAGGAUGUUCACAAGGAGGUCUGUGCUGCAUGCCUCUAG